AUGAAUAGAACCGGUCCAUUAACUUACAGAACACCUUCAUUAGCCAUUGGACUUUCAGGAAACACAACACAGGGAUUGUAUACCACUGCUUCAAGUAAUGCAACCACAACUGCUACUCACACCACAGCCAUACCUUCACCAAGGACCGCAUUUCCGGCGAGCGCCGCCACAAUACCUACUCCAAUAACAACAACACCGGCUUCGAUAGCGACACAUGAAACUUCCUCAAAUACUCAACGCUCAUCCACGUCUUCCACAAUGACAAGCACAAUAAAAGUGAAAAUCUCUACAACAUCACCACUCAACGCUUCAACAACCGAACUAAAUACCUCAACGAAAAGAAUAUCUACGACCUCUGCUGCGAUAACGUCACCAAUGUGGACGAACACGGAACGACCAUUGACAUCUGAACCGCCGACUUCAACAACAACAGCGCACACGUCGACAACUAAAUCGCUGAAUUCAACGACAACAGCGUAUACGACGUCUACUGCAACAGCCUUGGACGACGACAGAGCCCACGUCAACAACCGAAUCGCUGACUUCAACGACAGCAGCGUAUACGACGUCUACUACAACAGAGCCUUGGACGACGACAGAGCCCACGUCAACAACCGAAUCGCUGACUUCAACGACAGCAGCGUAUACGACGUCUACUACAACAGAGCCUUGGACGACGACAGAGCCCACGUCAACAACCGAAUCGCUGACUUCAACGACAGCAGCGUAUACGACGAUUAA